UUUUUUAUUUAUUAGUAGUUGAUAAGAAAUAAUAAAUUGUUUAAAGUAAGUUACAAUCACAGAAUUUUUUCACAUUACCAUAGAUAAGACUAAACCAUGGCCAAAUCGGCUCAAGAAUUUAUUCAAAGCUCUUUUUCACCUAUUAUUGCGGUAUUAUGCAGUCCAAAAGUGAACAAUCUAGUUUCCAAAAAUAAUUUAACGUUUCCCGAACUGCUACAACCUUUUGCAUCAAUGGAAUGGGAUGGUCAAUUUCGUGAACCUGGAGGAAGCAUUUGCACUGUUAAAAAUUGGAAGCUAAUUAUCAGAGAUGUCAAUUGGAAACCUCUUCAACCCACAGAAGCAAGAAGACAACUAAAUAAUGCAGUUUUACAUAAUUUUGAUGAUAAAACUAGCACAUUUGAAUUUGAUGGACGAAAAUUCGAUGUUCCAAAACUAACACCUUGGUUUGAUGCUUGGAGAGAAACUUAUCUUGAGGUGCAGUUCCCUUCAGAUCAUGAGUUUACUAAACAUUUCUUGUCCUGCAUAAUUGUUGCUACAACAUUAGAUGACAAUAUUGUGGACACAUAUAAUCAAUUAAACCAACAAUAUGCACAAUUGCAAAAUGUAGCUCCACCAAAAUUACCCAAAUGGUUUAAUAAUGGUGUCUUAAAAAGUUAUCUACUCCUCCACGAUGUGUCAACAGUAACAAAAGAAAAAGCCGAUGCAACAUUUGAAACAGUUAAACAAGCAUUUGGUGCAAGCAAUUGUUUUAUGUUGACCAUAAACUCGAAAAGUUUAUCGGAUCCAAAACUGCUCACAGAUUAUUGGGCUCAAUAUAUUACGAGAUCAACAGAAUCCUAUAAUGAAAUGUCAUCACCUAUGAAUGCAACGACAUUUGAACCACAAGUCGUCCCACCUCCAACAACCAUUGUAACACCUGAAGAUAAACCUAACAUAAUGAUAACAUCAACACAAGAAGGUGUGCAUCCAUUAACAGCUACUGAAAACGAUGUUUAUGAUAAUGCAAAUAGCUUGCAGACAUAUUCAUUUUCUGGCAGUUCGGAAAGUGUCAAUGUAGCAGGAAAGGGUGUGGAUUAUUCUAAUGAAGUGCAUGGAGCCGCAUUAAAUACAAAUGAUAUUGAAGCUAUUAAGAAAUUCCUGCAGGAAUAUGCAUCUAAAGCAUUACUACCUUACUUAGAGAAACAAAUUUCUCAAUUAUCUGAAGUGGUAGCUAAUAGAAAAGGUGUUAGUAGAUCAUUAUUGUCAGCAACAAAACGAUGGUUUGCUACUGGGAAACCUGGAAACACUACUGCAAAUAAUACAGUUAUAUACUCGAGUGACUGUCCGGAGCUACAAUUGCGUCGGCUGGGCGACCUGUGGUUCGUGUGCGGGCAAUGGGGGCGCGCGUUCGACGCGUACCACACCGCCAAGAGGGAGUUCUACGCGGACAGCGCGUGGCUGUGCUACGCGGGCGCGCUGGAGAUGGCCGCCGUCAGCGCCUUCAUGGCCGGCGACGCCAACCGCAAGACGCACGGCUACAUGGAGGAGAGUAUUGUCACCUAUCUCAAUACAUGCAGAAUGGUGCAGUAUGCAGUCAGAGCGACAUUACUCUCCGCCUUGUGUUUGAUAAACUCUGGACUCCACGGCGAGGCAGCCAAGCAACUGAUCCGGAUGACUUCAGAAGACAGCGACCUCCGCAGCGCAAUGCUUCUGGAACAGGCAUCCCUUUGCUUCCUGUCUGGGCCCGGUACAAAGGCCAUGUGCAGGAAGUACGCGUUCCACAUGGUGCUCGCUGGACAUAGAUUUUCUAAAGCUGGCCAGAAGAAACAUGCCUACAGAUGUUACUAUCAAGCUUAUCAGGUGUACACGGGAAGUGGGGGCGGCGGGGGCAGCGGGUGGCGGCUGGCGACGGACCACGUGCAGUUCGCGCUGGGCCGGCUGGCGGGCGCGCUGAAGCAGGCGGUGGCGCCGCGCUGGCUGGCCGCGCCGCUCGCGCCCGCCUCCCCGCAGCCGCCGCCGCAGCAGGCCGCCUUCCUGCGCGAGUACAUGCUCGCACACCAGCAAUGGAUCGAAAGUUCGGAGGAGUUCGGAGUGAAGUUGCCGGUGGUGCCGGUGCCGCUGGUGGUGCGCGGCGAGACGCGCGUGUGUUGCGCGGGCCCGGCCCCGCUGGCGGCGGCGGGGCGCGUGUCGGCCGCCGCGCCCCCCGCGCCGCCCGCCGCCGCCGCCGCCGCCCUCUGGCACCGCCUCGAGGAGAUGCUCAUACACGCGGCGCAGGGCGCGCCGCCCAUGAUAUUCAAACCCACAGUUGAUCUGUACACCGAGGACACCGAUGCUAAUCCUAUUGUACCGCAAGGAGAACCGAUACAAAUCACUAUAACUUUAACAAACCCGUUGAAAAUACCUUUACUUCUAAAAGACCUGGAAUUGCUCUGGCAAUUUACACCAAAUGUCGAUGAUACUAAUGCUCCUAAAGAUAUUCUGGAUAACGAGCCUUUCGUAGCGUCGGGCCGCACUUUGGACAGUGAUGUAAUCUCUAGACAAAAAAUUCCAAUGUCUCUUCUCGAGGGGGAAUGUAAUAAACGGUUGACUUUCUCGUUAACUCCAUUGCAAGUUGGUCGUUUACAUAUAAAAGGAUUAGCAUACAAGUUAACCAACACUGGAGAGGAUGGUAAAGAAAAUAAUAACAGCAUAGUUAUCACAGGCAAAUUGGAAUUAUCGUCUGCUGGUAAUGAAUCCAACAAACGUUUACAAAUUAUCGUCAUACCACAGGCUCCCUGUUUGCAGAUGACAUUUUGUGAGAUAAGUCCGGAGGUGAUAAGCGGGGAGUUGAUAGCAAUAGACGUUGAAUUUCGUAACGUGGGCCCCGUGGAGAUGAGGAACUUGUACGUGGCCGUGUCGCACCCCGACUGCCUCAGCCUCGUCACCGACGACUGCGGCCGCGACUUCGACAUACUCUAUGAAGAGAAAUACCAACUACCACCGGUGUAUCAAGACGAGCGCAGCGCGCGCGCGGGGCGGCGGGCGGACAGUGUGCGGCGGCACUCGCGGUGCGUGUGCGCGGCGCUGGGCGCGGCGGGCGGAGCGGGCGGCGCGGGGGGCGGGGCGGCGAGCGUGCGCGCGCGCCUGCUGCUGCGGCCGCGUCGGCGCGCGCCCGCACUGCGCCUGCUCGCGUACUACGACACCGGCCUGCCGCAGCGCCCGCACAGGCUGCUCAGGCACGAGAUUCGCCUGCACACCACGGUAUAA